AUGGGCGGUGCUGCUACGCAUCAACCACUCAGAAAACGCUCCAACAAAAACUCCUCUUCCCACCACCACCUCCACGACGGCGACCACCGAGCCGGCGUCCAGUCCGAUCCUUUUCCAGUAGGCGCCUUAGUUGAAGUUCGAACGCAUGAGCCAGACUUCAAGGACACAUACUUCUCCGCCACCGUGGUAUCUUUAGGCGACAAAAGCUCGGGGGAAAUCCAAGUGGAGUACCAAACUUUGCUUGUUCCAAGAGGCGGAUCGAAGCUUCUGAGGGAGUACGUCGACGUCUCGUGCGUGAGGCCGUCGCCUCCGUUGGAGGAGGCUGUCGGGGGUUUUGGGCCGGGCGACGCCGUCGACGCGCUGUACAACGACGGCUGGUGGAUCGGUGUCGUGACGCGAGUAGUGGAGGAAGAUACGGAGAGUAGGUACACCGUGACGUUUCAGAACCCGCCGGACGUGCGCGAGUUUAGCUUGUCUGAACUUAGGGUUCACUGGGAUUGGGUUAACGGGAGCUGGGUCAGACCCGACAGGCAGAGUAUAGCAGGGUGGAUGUUUGACAUGGAAAAAGAGGUAGAAGUGUCAAUUGACCGAGAAGAUGGCCAGGAGGCUUGGUUCCCAGCAACAAUUCACGAACAUUUGGUUGAUGGAACGUAUCUGGUAAAGUAUCAUGACGAAACUAAAGAAUCCGAGGCUCACACUACCCAAUUAAUAGUCGAUUCCCUCCAUAUUAGGCCGCAGCCUCCACUUCUCAAGGAUACAAAUUUUGUUUUAUUGGGAAAAGUUGAUGCAUACUUUGAUUGUGGCUGGUGGAGUGGACUUAUUCGGGCAAAACUUGAGGAUAGUAGAUAUCUUGUUACCUUUAAACAGUUGAAUAUGCAAAAGGAGUUCCAUAUGUCAGAAUUAAGACCUCAUAUGGAGUGGAAGGAUGAGAAAUGGUUCAUUUCUCCACAGGAUGUCAAGAUCUCGCCUCCAGAUGGUGGAAUGGAUGUAAACCACACAUCCAAUAAUUCCAGUGCCUUGCCAAAUUCCACGUCGCCGACCUGUCAAGACAGCCAAGUGGAGCAACUAACACCUAAUUUGAAGAAAACGCCUAAUGUGACACCUCGGACAAAAAGAACAAGGCGUUCAUAUGAUUCCAAAAAUGCCCUCUCUCAGUGCCAGAAGAAGCUCAAAGAAGGACCUGUAAUUGUAGAGAAACAACAGGGGAAACAUGAGAUGACUAAAGAAAUAUUGAGCGAUUCUGUUAGUCCAGUUUCAGCAAAUAAUGUGGAAUUUCCUGGUAAACAAAGUGCAACAGGGGAUCUCUCAUCUGAUAAUCCUUCCUGGGGGAAGAGAACUCGGAGAGGGAAAAAUGUUACACGCAAAAUCAAUUCCACACCACGUGAUGUGAAGAACAGUGGUGCACAAACUAGCCAAGUUGAAUAUCUGCAACCUGGUGCUGAGGGAAAGAAGCCAGAUGCCGUGGAUAACACCGCAGAAGAUGCUCAAAAUGUGCAGGUUGUUGUUAUCGGUUUGCCAUGCGGGGAAAUGGUGAUCUCUGGACCGGUAAAGUCAAGGGACAAGCGGAAAUACAGUGCCAACAGCAAGGAAAUUAUGAAGAACAAAGAGAAACAAAACUUACAUGAUGCCACUACACAGGAAAUUGAGGGAAAAUCUCAAUAUGGAUUUGUUGGUUCAGAUGACUCGAACACAAACGAAGAUGAUCAUAAUAGAAUUUCUCAAUUAGAGGCGGUUGGUACGGACAGCUCAGAGAAGAUGUCACUAGAUGGGGGAACUAGUCCGUCUGAUCUCAAAGGUAGAAAAGGAGCAGUGAAGAAAAAAACCUCUGCUAGAAAGCUAGAGGAGAAGGUUGUUAAAGAGUCAAUGCAACAGAAGAAAAGUGAGUCAAAAAGAGGAAAGAGACGGAGUAUGACUUCACCUCAAUUUGAAGGUAAACUUCUUCUUCAUUCUGCUAAUGUAUCUGGAGGGAAAUCAGCCGAAGUUAACCCAACACCAGGCGUAAAUAAUGAUUCUGAAGCACCCAGCAUUGAGCUUGACGAUCAACCACUUUCAAAGUGGAUUGGAGGGAAGAGGAUACAAUCUCCAUCUACAGUUGAUGGAUCAAGGCUAUCUCCCGUGACUGCUGCUGUUAAGCAAUUCACAGAAAGCAAUGAAAAACAGGGGGAAGAUGAUGCAGCAGUGCUGAAGGAGGCCACCGGAAAUCCCCAAGAUACCCAAAUCCAAAUUUCAACCGAGCACCAAAAUCUACCAUUCACAAAGACCAGUUUGCUCUGGAAAACAAUCUGGUCACUUAACGCCUUCUGUAUGCUACCUCAAAAACCCCAUUUCCAGCCUCUCGAAAGCAUCAAGGAGAGUAUGCGCGAAGGGAUUGCCAUAGGCCUCAUGGUCAACUUCUCCAGUGCUGUCGAGACAACCUGCAAGCUGCAGUUUGACGAUCCCAAGAGCACCAUGGAUGAUAUCCUUGAGACACUCGCUGAGCUGGGGUCGCAUGGGUUUGACGUUGAGCCCGUGCGGGCCCGCGUUGUGGGCCUUCUCGCUGUCAAGGAUAAAGAGGUGGAGCUCAUGGGGCGGGCUAAGGAGCUCGACUGUGAGAUCUCGGGCCACCAGCUGGAGAAAGGCGAGUUGGAGAAGGAGAUUGAGGAGCUGAACGAGCAGGCGAGGAAGCUGCAGGAGAAGCUCUCGAUGCUUGAGUCGGCUAAAGAAGGGAAGGAGAACGAGAUUGCGUCCGCUGGGGCCCGUUUGAGGGAGGCCGAGCAGAGUCUUGAGAAUCUGAAGCUUGAAUUCGAAGGUAUAGCUUCUUCUGCUAUGUUGAUGUAG